GGUGGCGCCAAUCCCCUGCCAAAACCCUUGGCGAGGAGCGUAAACUUGCAGCAGACCGUAGCAUUCGCCGGAAAGGAGCUCGAGAGCGAAAGCACAGCCAUGGGGAAAUCCGAUAUUCUCCAAACUCUCGGAGACUUCACCAGCAAGGAGAAUUGGGACAAUUUCUUCACCAUUCGCGGCCAUGGCGAUGCUUUCGAGUGGUAUGCCGAGUGGCCCGAGCUCAAAGACCCACUAAUUUCCCACCUUCCCAGCCUCUCCCAAUCCCUAACUCCCCAGAUUCUCGUUCCUGGCUGCGGCAACUCCAGUCUCUCCGAACAGCUCUACGACGCCGGCUUUCGAUGCAUUACCAACAUCGAUUUCUCUAAAGUUGCAAUCUCCGAUAUGCUGCGCCGAAACGUGAGGCAACGCCCCGAUAUGCGGUGGCGCGUCAUGGAUAUGACGACUAUGCAGUUCAUGGAUAAUACAUUUGAUGCCGUAGUUGAUAAAGGUGGAUUGGAUGCUUUAAUGGAGCCAGAAGUUGGUACUAAGCUGGGAAGUCAAUACUUAUCUGAGGUGAAAAGAGUUCUAAAACCAGGAGGGAAGUUUAUCUGUCUCACUUUGGCAGAAGCUCAUGUUCUAGGCUUGCUUUUCCCCAAGUUCCGUUUUGGAUGGAAAAUGAGUAUUCAUGUCAUACCUCAAAAACCACCGAGCAAGCCUAAUUUUCAAACCUUUAUGGUGGUGGUGGAGAAAAAUGAAUCUACUACAUGGCACCAGAUAGAAUCUUCUUUAAAUUUUUCUUUGCUGGAUUCCCGUGGAAAUCAGACUCGCGAACUUGUCCAAACUCUUGAGAAUGAGAAUAGAAUUCGCCAAGAGUAUUCAAGUGGUGCUGAUUUAUUGUUCUCUCUCGAAGACCUGCGGCUUGGAGCAAGGGGAGAUUUGCGGAAGCUUCACCAAGGCCGUCGGGUUCAAUGUACUUUAGGUGGACAAGGGACCUCCAUUUUCAGCUACAGAGCUGUACUUCUUGACGCUCGGGAACAGUCUGGCCCAUUCCUGUAUGAUUGUGGAGUUUUUAUAGUGCCUAAGACUCGAGCUCAUGAAUGGCUGUUCUCUUCAGAAGAAGGCCAGUGGAUGGUUGUUGAAAGCUCAAAAGCAGCUCGCCUCAUAAUGGUUCUAUUAGAUGAGAUGCAAUCUAAUGCCAAUAUGGAUGCUAUUCAGAAAGAUUUAUCUCCCCUAGUUAAACAGUUGGCACCUGGCAAAGAUGACAGUGGAUCUCAAAUUCCAUUUAUGAUGGCAAGUGAUGGGAUCAAGGAACGCAACUGUGUUUUCCAGGGUACAUCUUCAUUAACUGGUUCAAUAGUAGUUGAAGAUGUGAUUUAUGAACAUGUAAAUGGUGAUGCCAGUCACAUUUUCCCAUCUGGAGAUUUGAUAUUUCGUCGCCUUAUUUUCCAAAGAACAGAGAGUUUGGUGCAGUCUGAAGCUUUGUUGACGAGGGAAAGACUUCAUGAGAAAGUUUCUGGUCAGAUGGACAGGAAAAAGUCUCAUUCAUCGUCCAAAUCCAAAAAUAAAGAAAAGAAGAGACUGAACAAGGAGUUCAGUGACCAAAUGAAGGUUUACCAUGGGUACCUGGCAAGUUCUUAUCAUUCAGGGAUCAUUUCUGGGUUUAUGUUGAUCUCUCCAUAUUUGGAGAGUGUAGCAUCAGCUGGACCAAUGGUUAACACUGUUGUCAUUGGCCUUGGAGCAGGAUUACUGCCCAUGUUCCUCCAUGCAUGCAUGUGCUUUUUGCACGUUGAGGUGGUUGAGUUGGAUCCAAUGAUCCUCAAUCUUGCAAGGGAUCACUUCGAUUUUGCUGAGGAUCCAGAUUUGAAGGUUCAUAUUGCUGAUGGGAUUCAGUUUGUUAGAGAAUUCAGAAAUUUUGGGACAAAUGAUUCAUCGACUGCUGUUCUUGAUAAUGGAAACGCUUCUCAAGUAGAACAAGGAAACAAGAAGAUUGACAUACUUAUUAUCGACGUGGAUGCAACAGACUCAAGCUCUGGAAUGACCUGCCCAGCAGCUGAUUUUGUGGAAGAGCCAUUUCUUCUGGCAGUGAAAGACGCUCUCUCCGAGCAGGGCCUUUUCAUUGUAAAUCUGGUCACACGAUCUCCAACCGUCAACGAUAUGGUUGUCUCGAGGAUGAAAGGAGUAUUUAGUCACCUCUUUUCCCUUCAACUUGAGGAAGAUGUGAAUGAAGUGCUGUUUGCUGUUCCCUCAGAGUUGUGUGUAAAAGAGGAGUUCUUCGAUGAAGCAGCUCUUAAACUUGAGAAACUUUUAAAUCUGAAACACCCAGAAAUGAGGCAGAGCAUAAUUGAUGCUACAAAGAAAAUCAGACGUUUGAAAUAGAUGCAUUUCCACUGAAGUAAGCAAGCUGAUUUACUUUUAAAUUAUAUUGUAAUGUACAGUAUGAUAUAAUUAUGUUCUCUUUAGGUUUACAAUUUUAUCAAGGAAAUUCUAGGGUUGAGAUCUUGUUUCCAUCCUUUAUUUAUGAAAACAGUUAAAACUUUUUGUGGGAGAAAAUUUUGCUUGGAAAAAUGUUUGGUUCUUGUGAUGACCA